CUUUUUGAGUGAACGAUCCCUUUAAACUUGCUGUUAGUUUUUCACGAUUUUAAUGUUUUAUUAGUAGCCUAUUAGGAACUGACUAAUCAAACCUAGUGUUAAAAUGAUAAGAAACAAGACAAAAUGCAUGAACCACUAAAAAUUUCUAAAGAUAUUCAAACAAUUUUUGGCCACGAUUCACAAUGGAGGAUAAUAUCUGUUAUAGUCACACGAGGGCGACAAAGCUGAAAUGGAUGAUGUCGUGUCACUAAAAUGUUUUUCGUGUCUCGCUAUUCUGCGGGAAAUGUAAACAAGCACAUGUCAGAGAAUUCAACGGGGAUGCUGCGAGCGUUUCCAUAGUUACAGAAAGACUGCUAAAUUCUAUAGUCUGGGUGGCGCGUCUCUCGCGCGUCAUUUAGAUUGACAGAUAAAAACGCCGCCUGGAGACGCGGUGACUCGAGUAUUCCCGCGGAUGUCGGCAUCAGAACGGCAGUAACAAAGUUGAGAGUGGCAGAAGAGGCAGUUCAUGGCCAACAGCAGCACCUGAAGACGCUUCUUCGAUUAAAACUUAUCAUGGACGUGCUGAAAUCAGCCAGGAGGGCUUUUAUUCGCAGUCCCAGCCUGACCAAACAGUCCUGGAUCUCAGGCAAACACCAAAAGCUCCCUGAGAACUGGACCGACACGAGGGAGACCCUAAUGGAGGGCAUGACCUUUAACCUUCGGCACCUGGGAAUGACUCUGGUGGAUCAGCCCAAAGGCGAGGAACUCUCUGCUGCUGCUGUCAAGAGGAUUGUUGCCACGGCCAAAGCCAGUGGGAAGAAACUGCCUAAAAUAGCCUUGAAAGUGUCUCCUCAGGGAAUCGUCUUGUGCGACAGUGUGUCCAACCAGCUGAUCGAGAACAUUUCCAUAUACAGGAUAUCUUACUGCACAGCUGACAAGAUGCAUGACAAAGUGUUCGCUUUCAUCGCCCAGAACCAACAGAAUGAGGCGCUAGAGUGCCACGCAUUUCUCUGUGCCAAACGGAAAGUGGCCCAGGCCGUCACGCUCACAGUGGCUCAGGCCUUCAGAGUGGCCUUUGAGUUCUGGGAGGUUGCCAAAGAAGAGAGAGAGCAGCGUGUGAAGUGGGAUUCAGUUGGAGAGACAUCCAACAGCUCACAGUCUGAGAGAUCAGUCAGUAUGACCAGCCUGAAGGGAGGAGCUGUGGCUACAGAGAACCUGUUGGACAUUGAUGUUAUCGUGGAAAACGUGGACAAUCACACUGAACCCAACAAUAACAACACCACCACCGUAUGGGAGAUGGAUGAUGGUCUGGAAGAAGCUUUUUCAAGCUGCAGUAUGGAUAGCUAUGAGUACUCUCCAGACUUGCUGAGUCUCGUACUAACCCCCAGGUCCUGGACAUUGGGAUGAUGCUUCAUGGUUGUACCUCAGAUCCCGACUAGGACAAGACCAAUGGAAAUGCACCAAACAGUGAUGAGAUCUUUGGCCUUUGAGCACAGCUAGGUUUGUAGGCAGGAAGUAAGCCCAAGAACCUGAUUUAAAAGACUGUUGUAGCACACAGUAUUUAGUCGAGAUAGUGGCUGACUGCUCCUUCUCAUUCCAAACAUCUGGUCCAAUAUCUUUCGCACCAAAGCAAUAGUAGAAGAGUGUAUUUUUUCAAAAGUGAUACUAUGCUAUGAGUUUACAUGCUUUAUUUUUAUCAAUUAAUUUGUAUACAGAAUAAACAAUGUGGACAUGAGUCAGUAUUGUUUUCAUGUAUGUUUAUCGUAUAAAAUGUAACAUUCUGUAUAUUCAUGUAUUGUAGAGUUACUUUUUUUGGUGGGCUAACCUUGGAGUCUGCUGCUUUGAGAUUCUCAUUUAUCACCACAAUGCUAAAUAUUAAGAUAACUUGGAAAUCUGCUUUAAAUGGAGAGUACAGCUGAUAUUUUUAGCCUCUUGUGAGGCCUGUAAGUCAUAUUUCAUACCUAUUUACAUGUUAGGGUUGUGUAUACAUUUAAUCAGAAUUAUAUGACUUUGUGUCAUAACACACCAAGGGACCAUUUAAUAUUUCUUUAAAAACUCUAAUAAAAGUGAUU